UAGCUUAUUUGACAGCUGGUUCACCCAAUCCCAAUAAAUUUCACUUAUUUCAGCAAUCGGAUUAAUCCUUAAGGAAAUAUGUAAUAUAUUUUGAUAUAAAAUAAAAUCUUUCAACCAUUAUGUUACAAACAUAGUGUAUUGAAGAGUCGAAUUGUAGAAGUUUUGGUGUAGUGUGAAAUGGUUUCCUGUUGAUAUCGUCAUAAAUCAUUAAACAUGGGGUCCAUGCGUCCAACGGGACGUUUCCUUUCAUUCACGAACAACAUACAAAGGACACAGAAACAACCUGUGUCUAGUGGUUUCCCACAAAGUCUGUCGGGAAGUGAGACAGAUGUAUCCACAUCAAAUGAGAACUUGUCAAGAGAGGAGCGCUAUGUCGUCCGGCAUACUGCUCGAGUUGAACCCCAGGGUCAAGAGAAUCAAAGUCAGAACAACAAUGGAAAUAAUAGAAACUCAUUAAAGGAAAGUGUCACAGGCAGCAAUCGCAACUCUCUGAAAGAUUCUGUGGGAGGUGGGAACAGCAAUAGAAGUUCUUUAGAUGUUUCUUCAUCUUCUUAUAAUACACUUAUUAUUCAUAAUCAGGACGAUUCUUGGCCGACGCGACCAACGCCGAUUCGAGAACACGAACGAACAAACAGUGAGGUUAAACACCCUAAUACACAAUCUUCUCCAUAUCAUACGUUAAAGAAAACAGAGGGGAAGAAACCUAGUGGCAUACCGUUGCCUAAGAUGCAUAAAGAACAAACUGUAACAACUAACACUAACUAUAUUGACAUUGGUGGUCAGAGGAUUUAUACUAGCCCACCGGAUCACGGGGUGCAGGAAAUAACGGAGAUCCCAGAUGACUUCCUGAACCAGUCAUCAGUACUGAAGCACCUGGCCAAGGAGGUAGCGCAGUCGCCGACGCCGCGCGGACCCACGCCCCCCGCCUCGCCGCGCGCCUCGCCCCGCACCUCGCCCCGCACCUCCCCGAGACAUCGCGACCGUGCCAAGGACAAACUCAGCAAGGAUAAACUUAGCCUCUCCAGAUCACAACCUGAUCUCACCAGUGUGGGCGUGGGCGUGGGCGUGCGCGCGGUGCCGGGCGGGUCGGAGUCGAGCGGGUGGUGCAGCGGCGGCGAGGGCUCGCUGGAGGAGUCAGACGACGCGUUCGCCGCGGUGCUGGACGCGCUCGCCGCUGAGAACCACCAGCUGAAGAGGCAGCUAGCUGACGCCUGCGAGCGCGUCGCCAAGACCACAAAGUUGGAGGAGGAGGUGGAGAAGGUGCGUCGCGCACAUGAGGAGCUGGUGGGGUCUUGUGAACGUCGCGAGCGGCUGGAGCGCGCGGCACGGCUUCGCCUGCAGGCGGACUGCCGCAGACUGCAAGACCUCAACAGGGCGCUCAAACAACAGGUGGAGCUAGUAUCGCAAGGCGUGCGUAACGAGAGCGACAACAACGCGGAAGCGCUGCGCAAGGAGUUGCAGAACAGAGAGAUGCUCAUCGCACAGCUCAUCACACAAAACAAGGAGCUGGCAUGCGCCAAGGAACGGCAGGAGAUAGAGAUGGCAGCACAGCGCGCCACGCUGCAGGAGCAGCGCACGCACAUCGACAUUCUCGACACAGCGCUCACCAACGCGCAGGCAAACGUCGUACGGCUAGAGGAGGAGUGUCGUCACGCGAGCGGGUACGUGGAGCGCGUGCUGGGUCUGCAGCGUGCGCUGGCCUCGCUGCAGCAGGCCUCCGACCGCCGCGAGCACACCGAGCGCAAGCUGCGCGCACAGCUUGAGAAGGAGCUGCAGACUCUGCGUAAGCGCGAGUGUAACUGCGGCGGAGUGGGCGGCGGCGGUGGCGGGGGCGGAGUUGGUGGAGGUGUGGGCGGGGCGGCUGGGGGCGGGGCCGGGGAGGCGGAGCUGCGGCGGCAGGUGCGCGAGCGCGACGAGCGGCUGCUGGCUCUGGAGGGCGAGUGCGCUAAGUGGGAGCAACGCUAUCUGGAGGAGGCGGCGCUCAGACAGGCUGCCGUGUCCGCGGCCUCCAUACCUAAAGACGCGAAAAUAGCAGCACUGGAGAAGACGUCAGCGGAAUCGGAGCGGCUGAUGGCGGAGGCGCGAUGCGAGAAGAUCCGGCACAUGGACGAGCUGCACUCCGCACAAAAGAAGGUAGCUGAUCUAGAGAGCAGAGUGAAGGAGUUGGAAUCUAAGGUGGCAGAACGCGACGCCAUGAUCAAAGUAUUGCAGAAACACACUAGCGCCGCCUACGACAGCGGUGCAUCUUUACGCAACAAUUCUAGCCGGGAGGAACUGGUGGGCCUGUCAUCGGGCGCGUCGUUCUCCAGCGCGGAGGGCGUGGGCUCAGUGGGAGGGGGCGUGUCGCGCUACCGCCAUCUGGCGCGCAGGAACUACUCGCCGCACAAUGACAACGCCAGCGGUUGCGGUUUCGACAGCACAUCGCUGCGACUGGACGAGCAGCUGGCGGCGCUGGAGUCGCGACUGGAACGGCCGCCCGUGCCCGCCCGUGGUCUAUGCUGCUUCCCCGGUCUGGGUGGUGUGGGUGUGGGGGGCCGCGCUGGGGGCGCUCGGGGUGGUGGUGGCGGAGAGGAGGCACUGCUGCUGGAGCGGCAAGGGCGUGCCUCACAGCAGACGCGCGCCGCGAGCCUGCCGCCGCCGCCCUCCGCGCUGCCCCGCCCACCCCGCAAGCCCUCCGCCAGGAACACCAGAUACGAUAGGCUUGAACACAACAACAGGAAGGAUUCGGAUGGAUCAGGUUCGAUAGCAUCCACAGCAUCUCGUAGCUCCCCAUUGCCGUACGACACGGUGCGCAAGCUGCCCUCAGUGCCGACGUCGGCGUCGUUGCCCGCAGCGGAGUCCCGGGAGUCUUUAGUACGCCCGCGGGACUCCAGCCUGCCCUCGCCCUCCAAGCUGGCCGUGUACGCCGCCGCACGCAGAAGAUCCGCUGAAUCAGCAAAAGAUAAUAAACGACCACAACACCAUUACCGAAUACAAUUUUAAACGAUUUGUGUAUUGCAUAAUGCAAUGUUGUUCAAUACGACAAAGUAUUAUUUAACAUUGAAGAAAAAAAAACCGCACUGUUUUUAAUUCAAAUUGCUCAGAAACAUACAUAUACAUUUAAGAUUCACUUACAAACCCCGAAAUAAUAGGUACCUGCUCGUGAAUUUUUUGUAAUUUUGCGAUAUGGUUCUAAAAGUCGAGAUGGUUUUAAGUCCAUUAUAAAAAUGACUUAAGAAUAAUAAUCGAAUAUUAUUAUAAAAAAAAUAUUACAUAAGAUAA